AAGCGACGCUGCGGGCUGGAUCUAAGAAGAAACACAGCCCAAGAUUCGAAGGGAACGCGAUAAGGUGGCGGCCUGGGAUCGCCUAGGACGGGGGAGGCGUCUGCAGGCUAUGAAGUUGGCCGGGCCGGAGCGGAGAUUUAAAGGCUGGAGCGCAGAGGCUCUUAAAGAGGCCAGGGCGAAUUCCCAUUCGGCGUCCACCUUAAAGCCAGCUCCGCGGCGCCAAGGGUCGGACCCGGGUCUGAGCCACCAGCAACAUGGCCACCAGUGCCGUCCCCAGUGACAACCUCCCCACAUACAAGCUGGUGGUGGUGGGGGAUGGGGGCGUGGGCAAGAGCGCCCUCACCAUCCAGUUUUUCCAGAAGAUCUUUGUGCCUGACUACGAUCCCACCAUCGAAGACUCCUACCUGAAACAUACCGAGAUUGACAAUCAGUGGGCCAUCUUGGACGUUCUGGACACAGCCGGGCAGGAGGAGUUCAGCGCCAUGCGGGAGCAGUACAUGCGCACGGGGGACGGCUUCCUCAUCGUCUUCUCGGUUACGGACAAGGCCAGCUUUGAGCACGUGGACCGCUUCCACCAGCUCAUCCUGCGCGUCAAGGACAGGGAGUCAUUCCCGAUGAUUCUUGUGGCCAACAAGGUUGAUUUGAUGCAUUUGAGGAAAAUCACCAGGGAGCAAGGAAAAGAAAUGGCGACCAAACACAAUGGGAGCACAGGAAAGAAUUUCCUGCCCUCACAAGGUUGCACUGGACUCCGGCUCCUGGGAGCUAUCGAGGUGCAUGCCACACCUGGACGAGGCUCUGAAGCGGACCUCAGCACUCCCACCUGUGUACCUGGUGCAGAUCAUGAUUCUCUGUUGGCCACUGUGUGGCCUUGGGCCAGUACAUCACCCCUCUGAGCUUUGCCUCCCCAGUGCACCAUGGAGAUGUUUGCUUACUUACCUCAGAGUGUUAACGUGAGAAUUAGUGAGGUCAGGGGUGUUGAGACCUGAGAGGCCAAGCAGCCUACGGUCACCUCAGUGAGUGGCCCACAAUCUAACAGCCUAACAGUGGUUGGAAGGCAGUUUCCCCUCAGGGUUAUCAGAGGCUCAAAUAUUUGUCGAAUGAAGAUUUCAAAGGUCCAGGUUUUGUCCUUGGUGCCUUGUGUCUGGGUCAGCUCCUGCAAGACCCCUGCUAGAAGCCACAGCCGUGUGGGAACAUCUGAUCCCCCGUGAUGAUCGUUGAUGGCCUGGUAUUUAUGAUGUGUUCCGGGCCAUCAUUUACAAUGGGCUCCUCUCGAGUCACAACUUACCCUGUCACACAGCAUCCACCGCCAUCGUUUAAAAUGUUGAUCUGUUUUGUUUUCUUCACCGUGCUUUUCUUUUUAAAAUCUAUUAUAAUGAAAUGCCUUAAUUUUGUUAUAUCAGGAGAAAGUUGCAAAAAACACCAAAGUUCUUCAGUCUAAUCAUAGUCGGCUUACCUGCAUCUCAUCUAGGGAGGCUGUGUGCAUUGUCUGGACCUUAUACUCUCUUCCCUCGUGGGAGAGUGAUGGUGAGCCUCCUGCCUUUGUGGGGUCCCUGUUAAAAUAGAAGGCUGUGUCCUGACCUCACAGGGCCUUUGUUCUCCUCCCUGUGCCAGCCUGAGACUUGGGGUAGACAUGGAUGGCCCUAUGGGGUCUCCUCCACCACAUCUCCGGACCACUGUUGCCUUCCAGACUGGUGAUGAUGACUCAGCCUUAGAUGUGCAGACAUAAGCCUUCCGUAAGCAUGGCCGAGCUCCAGGCUCAUAGAUGCAGGCCACGCAAGAGCUGGGCCAGGCAGGCUGGUUGUGGGCGGUGGGACGUGCAGAUUGCCCAGGUCGUUAGGGUGCAGAGUCUGGCCCAGGGCCCAGCCUCCCCUCAGCCUUUCCUGCCAGAGUCCCCGCUGGAAGGCCUGGAGAGAGGAGCAGAAGGCCCCCAAGGCAGAGAAAUAGACCUCAGAAAGCAAAAUGAGUAGAAUCAGAACACGUGGCUGUUUGAUAAAUUAAGCAGUCUUGAAGUGUAUAAAAAGAUCAUUUUCAUUCUAUUUUUAGGCAGCUAUUAAAUGUCUCUGUGACCAGAAGACAAGAGAGAAUCAGCAGAGCUGUCAGUAAAACUUUCUGACUUUAAAGAGUGAGAAGCCAUCAAGGGCUUGAGGUUGUAGGAGCCAGGGUUUCGUGGGGGCUGUGAAGGGUUCCUCAGGACCUCUGAGAAUUUGCAUGUUUAGGAAACAGGGCUUUGUGGAUCUCAGUGACACUCUUACCAAAUUGA